AUGGAUAAGACGCUCAAGAUCCGUGGCAAUCCGAAGGUCUUCUUUGACAUGGAGAUUGGCGGCGAGCCCGCGGGGCGCGUUGUCAUGCAGCUGCGGGCGGACGUUGUGCCCAAAACGGCCGAGAACUUCCGCCAGCUCUGCCUCAAGGAGGAGGGCGAGGGCUACAAGGGCUCGUCCUUCCACCGCGUGAUUCCCGGCUUCAUGUGCCAGGGAGGCGACUUCACCAACCACAAUGGAACCGGCGGCAAGUCCAUUUAUGGCGAGAAGUUCGAGGACGAGAACUUCCAGCUCAAGCACACCGGCAAGGGCGUGCUCUCGAUGGCCAACGCCGGCCCCGGCACCAACGGCAGCCAGUUCUUCCUCUGCACCGCCAAGACGGCUUGGCUCGAUGGCAAGCACGUCGUCUUCGGCAAGGUAGUCAAGGGCAUGGACGUCGUGGUCGCCGUCGAGGCGGUUGGCUCCCAGGGCGGUGAGACGUCGAAGAAGGUCGUCAUCAAAGGCUGCGGCGAGCUGGCGGCGUCGGACCCCGCCUUCCUCGACAAGGACUGAGGGGGCGGGGCGGGCAGCGGGCGAUCGGCGGCGGCUGUGCGCACAUACUCGGUUGCGCGCGGCGCCCGCUCUUCCGCUGCCGCUCCACCGCUCGCGCCGAACCCGAGAAGUCGGUUAACCGGUUUGCUGAGUCGGUAGUAUAGAGAAUAGAGUCGGUCAGGACUCAGGUUGAGCUGUACGCAUGCGGUAGUCAGUAGGAGCGGCUCGCUGUCGCUCCGUUUUAUU